ACAGGAACGUGGGCUGAGGAGUGGGACGCUAGCGACGCCACUAGUCGCGGGUAUGGGUGAGGCUGAAAGGAUUGCGAAGCAGGAGAUGGCGCGAGACCAUGCGCACGUGAAGGAACUAACCGAGCGCCUCAUCAAGGGGAUCAACGCGAAGGUCGAGCACGUCGUGCGAAACGGUGACACGAACGGCUACCCCGGCUGUGUCAACCUUAGCUUCGCGUAUGUCGAGGGCGAGUCUCUGCUCAUGGUGCUCAAGGAUAUCGCAUUGUCGUCAGGAAGCGCGUGCACGUCGGCGUCGCUCGAGCCAUCAUACGUGCUUCGCGCGCUCGGCGCUGCGGAAGACGUGGCGCACUCGUCGCUGCGCUUCGGUAUGGGCCGGUUCACGACCGAGGUGGAGGUGGAGUACGUGGUUGAGAAGAUCGUUGCCGUUGUGCAGCGGUUGCGGGACAUGAGGUGCGUGCUCAUGUUACCAUCUAUCAUUUGAUGACUGGUAGCUGGUUUCUGGUGACCUUGAAAGCCCGCUGAGGGAGAUGGUCCAGGAUGGCGUCGACAUCAGCACCAUCGACUGGGGACAGCAUUGAACGACCAUCCCAGUCGCCAUCCUCUUCGCCUCGCCUCGCUCAUUGCAUUUGAUACAACUAUUUCUCAACCCUGUGCAGUCAGUGUUCAGGUCCUGUUCUCUAGUGUCGCUCGCACGACGAAAUAUCCGCGGCACCGUCCGCA